AUGAUCGCCUCACUUUCUAGAGGGAGUCUUCUGGAUGAUGUUCUUCACGGAGGCUUCAACGAGCAGCAGCUGGUGACAUACGUGUCCUGGGUGAACAAUCAGCUCAAGAGGAAAGCAGGACUCAAAACCAUCUCUGAUCUGAGGCACGACCUGCAGGAUGGAGUUGUGCUCACACAACUUAUUGAAAUAGUUGCUGGGGAAGUGUUGGAGGGUGUGUAUCCGGCGCCUCAAAACAAAGAUGAAAGCAGGAAGAAUGUUGAAAAAGUGUUGCAGUUCAUUUCCUCCAGACACAUACGGAUGCCACACAUCUCUGCAAGAGAUAUUGUUGAGGGCAGUCUGAAAUCCAUCAUGAGGAUCAUACUAGCGUUGGCUGCUCAUUUCAAGCCCUCUGCCAAUCACAGAGCAGCGUCACGAAAUGGAAGAACCUCAACUAGUGCCUCGACCAAUCACAAUCCUCUGUCAACUGUGGCUCUGGCCCAAGGAGCAGCUGCAGCUCUUGCUUCAGCACGCAUCGAUGCCUCCCAGGCCCCGUGCAGCACACGUCUGCACAGUUGGGAUUCUGAGGGGGAGAAGAGUGUAUCUGUGCGUGCGUUGGUUAAGCAAUAUGAAAGGAAAUCCCCUGAUGAGCUGGAAAUUGAAAUCUCCAAUAGCCUGAGCUCUGUCAGUCCAUUCUCCUCUCCGAGAACUGGCCCAAGCUUCCAGUCUGAGAGACUUCAAGAGGAGGAGCACGAAAGCACAGUUAAAUCCAGUGUUUCUGUAGUAACAUCAUGGGAAGACUCCAUUAGUGAUGACUUGGAGAAAGAAGUGCUGGAGACUCGCCAAAUGGUCUCAGCCUUACAGACUUUGCUACUUCACGGUUCACUGCCUGAGGACAACCAGGAUGUGUCUUUGAAACUAGAUCAAUGCAGCGACGAACAACAACUGACCGUCCUUCGCAGCCACCUCGACCAAAGCAUGGAGGAGGCAAAGGACCUCAAGAGAGAGGUGUUGCGCUGCAAGCAAGAAAUUAGAAACUUACAAGGGAUAAAGGAGGCCCAGCAGCAGAGACUGGGCACUCAAGAAGCAUCCAUCCUUCAAAUUAAGCAGGAGCUACUGAGGGCUAGCAUGACACGCGACGAACUCAACAACCAGAAUGCGGAACUACAGUGGAAGAUUGAAGAAUCAAACAGAUUAUGGGGAGAAUGCAAGAAAGAGAUUGUACAAAAAGAUCGACUCUUGCAACAGCUGAGACACAAACUUGAAGAAAGCCAGAAGCAACAGAGUGAACUGCAGCGAGAGUUGGAGCAUAAGAAGACAAAGCUACAAGAGCUGAGAAGCAGAGAUUUGCAACAUAUGUCCACAGAUAACAAUGGAUGUUUUAACCCAGGAACCCCAACAUGUGCGACAGAGGAGGUGCAGCUGCUCAGAGACUCACUGAGGAGUUUGAGGAAUAACUUCCGUGAGCAUGACCCUCAGCAGCACACUCUGGACACUCUGGAGCAGGGCAUCGUGUCGCUGAUGGACAGACUGCAUGUGCUGCAGCCAAACAGGGGUAGGGGGAAAUCUCCAAGGCGGAAAGAGAUGAGUCAACCCCAAGUCACUUCAUCUGCGUCAACAAAAUGUCUUUAUUUCACUGGAAAAUCUCCUACACCUUCAAUGAUCCACAUACCAAAAAGACUUGGUGAAGUGACUCUUAAAGACGUGAAGGCAGCUGUCGAUCGGGAGCGAAACUACAGGUACCACUUUAAAGCUCUGGACCCUGAGUUUGGCACCGUGAAGGAGGAGGUUUUCCUGGAUGGAGCGAUAGUUCCGGGCUGGGAGGGGAAAAUUGUUGCCUGGUUAGAAGAAGAUGGUCAAGAAAGGCCUGUGUAA